CGUACUCCAGCGCAGCUAAGAACAUAACACAUAGCAAGUGAGAAAGCAGUGAGCUCCUCCUGCAGAUGGCACUUUCUCGUCCUCGUAUCCUGGCCGCGGCCGCACUCCUCCUGCUGCUGCUCGCCGCCACUGGUAGCGAGAUGAAGGUGGCGGAGGCGAGGACGUGCGUGUCGCAGAGCCAGAACUUCAGGGGUGAGUGCCUGAGCAGCACCAACUGCGCCAGCGUGUGCAAGACGGAGAACUUCCCCGACGGCGACUGCAAGACGCGGGGCCUCGAGCGCAAGUGCUUCUGCAUCAAGGAGGACUGCUAGCCAGCCUUGGCUAGCUCUCUGCCGCCGGCCGCCUCGACCUCCGCUUCAGCUCCUGCCGAUCGAUCCAUCAGCUGUUCGUCCGGUGUUAGUGUUGUGCGCGCGUCUGUUCUGCUAGCUGUGAUGUCCUCCGCGCGCUCAGAAUAAAGUAGACUCCCUAGUUCAGUACGUGCGUCCGGAGGUGUACGCAAUUUAGUGUCUCGUCGUGUUUGUGCAAUAAGCUGCUGCUGCUGCUGCCAUGUAAGGUUGCUCCAUGCAUGGAUAAAUGUAUGCGUGUGCUGUGUGUGAUCGUUUGUUGGGUGGUGAAUCAGUAAUCAUCUUCAGGGAUA